GUAUGGCUGCUGAUUUUGAUCAAUAAGUGGAAGAAUUAUAGAACUCCAACUUUGGUUAAACAAUAUUACAAACAAUUUUAAUGGAAUUGUAAACAGGUGAUCCAGUAGUCUCUAACCUAAUUAAUAUGAUCUAAGGCUUGGAAACAACUUUAGAGAAUGAAUAAGAAAGAGAUGAUAAAAGAAUUGCUAGAAUUACAUAAAACUGUGAUAUUGACAUUAAUACUUUGAAAGAUUAAAUAAAUUAAAAUACUGUCAAUUCAUUAACACUUAAAAGUGAAUUAGAUAGUUUAAAUCCUUAAAAAGUUUCAGCAGUAGCCAGUCUUGAAAGAAAAAAUAAUGAAAUUAAUGAACUUAAGACAGAGCUUAAUUAUUAAACACAUAAGAGGGAAACAGAAACAGUGACCUAUUAAGUAAUAUUAGAUAAUUUGGAACAAGCCCUUUUUGGUGUAAAUUAAGUUAAAGGAUAUUUCAAUAGCUAUUUAGAUGUACUUGUAAAAAAUCGCAAAAGAUUUGAAAAACCAGAUUCAUCUUUCUUAUAGGAGAAUUAUAGUUUUAAAUAUGAUUAAACAGAGAUGGAUGAUAUAGAAGAUUAAGGUGUGUAAUUUACAUCAUUUACAUAAGUGGCUGCAAAAGUAAAUAAAUUAAAACAUCAUGUAAUAUUAUAUUCUUAUUUUAGGUUCAUUUAGAAGGUUAUAGAGCCAUGAUUGAAAUGAUGAGUCGUUUAGCCUCUAAAGCCUAAGAUGAACCAUCUUAAGCAGAAGUUCUUACAAGAAAAGUGCUCUCCAUUUUAAAAUAAAUAGAAAAUUAUAUAUAAUCUGAAAGAAUCAGAGAAGAUUAAGCUGAAUCUCUUAGAUAAGGAAAUUUCGAUUUGCUAAAAACUUUAUUGUCAGAUUAAUUAGUUUAAGCAAAUUAAGAUAGAACAUAUAUGGAAGGUGAAAAUUAUUGUAGUUAUAAAUUUAGGACUUGUUGAAUCUUUGUCAACAAGAAUUUAGUAAGCAUCAAAUGAAAAAUUUGAAGUAGAUUAAAAAAUAAUCACUAAAACAAAAGAAUUAGAUAAUAGAGAAACAGAUUGUAGACUUAAAAAGAAUGAAUAUGAUACAGAUACAGCUAAUAGGUAUUAAAUAAUAUAAUAUUUAAAUAGAAUUAAAUAAAAGAGAGUAGUGGCAGUUGCUGUUGAUCUUAUCUCAUCAAAAUUAGGACAACUUAAGAGAAAAUUGCUUGCAAAUUGA